AGGGAUGUUGCCACACUCUACUCCAAGAUGUUGGUCGACCACUUCUUUGACUUUGACAAGGUCGUGGCAUACCUGCAGACGCUGCCAGUGUGGGAGGACCUGCAGGAUGCCUAUUGCCAGAACACCAACAAAAUGAUGCAAAAGACCAUGGGUCAGGUGAUGGGCUUUCUGGCCAGGCGCAUCGUCAUCGGCCCAGCAAAGUUCAAGGCCUUAGAGGAUGACCUGGUGGGAGCCUCUGCGGAGCGCAUCGCGGAGUCGGACGACCUGCACGAGGCCGCAUCCCGCUACAUCUCUGUGGCCACCGAUGUGUUUAGGUCGAAUGCUUCUGCGAUGCAGAAGAUGCCCCCGGACGAGUUCGAGAAUCUCUUGCACCCGGUCUUCCAGGAAGAUGAGUGGAUUCUGAUCCUACUGGGGGGUGUGCUGGGUGCAGUGGUCGGAUUUGCACAGGUGCACUUCCUGUCUGAGUGAGAUGCCUCGAUCAGUUUUCGCAUGGCUAG